CUCCAGCCAAACGUCACCUGGCUGGUAUCGAGUUACAGACUUUUGACUCACUUAGAGAGAGGAAAGUGCUACAUUUGCCUGCUGUCGUUUCCAUUUGGAGAAUUUUCAGUUUAAGAAAGAGGAACUGUGUGUACACCGAGCAAGUCCUGGGACAGCCUGUUUUGAGGAUCCAGAAAGCCAUGGCACCGGUGUUUCUGCCCACUGACCAGCUGAGGACACUGACCUGAGAGAUGGAGCAUUAUCUCUGUCCAGCUAACAUUGGGGUCAGAGUACUCCUGGCGUCAAAGGUCCAUACUAAAAUUCAGGUUGUACCAAAGGAUCUUCAUGUGUCAGAGGGGGUGAUUGACAACGCAGUAGAUAUGGACAGUCUGAACAGGAACCUGCCUGAGUGUGGAAGGCAAACCCAUCAGGUGUUACAGAGCACGCCACUGGAUCUGUUUGAGAGCGGCAAGGGGCUGAAGGUCCAGGCAGAGCGCCCCCAUCUGGUCAGUCUGGGCAGUGGCCGUCUCAGUACGGCCAUCACACUGCUGCCCCUUCCUGAAGGCAGGACAACGUUGGGCCAUGCGGCGAUGGACAUCAGCAUCCAGGGCCCAGGAGUUGCCGCCCAGCACUGCUACAUAGAGAACCGGGCAGGGAUCAUCACUCUGCACCCCUGUGGGAACCAGUGUGCCGCAGACGGGCUUCCUGUCACCAAACCGGUCCGCUUGUCACAAGGCUGUAUGCUGUGUUUUGGCCAGUCAGUAUUUUUCCGCUUCAACCACCCAGAGGAGGCGUUCAGGAUGAAGAGCAUGAUGCCAGGGGGAAGCAAGGGCUCCGGUGGGAACUACAGAAUCCACUCAGACUCAAAGAGCCUGGUCAAUGGGAACCAUCAAUCAGGAGCAUCCCAGUCACACCACCCAGCCCCCGGUGAGAGAGUCCCACGCUCCGAGCAUAGUGCCAUCGUCAGCUCCAUCGAAAAGGACCUCCAGGACAUCAUGGACUCCCUAGUCAUGGAUGAUCCCCAGCCUUCCUCUUCAGACCACCCCAUCCCCCACUCCCCGCUGUCCCCCAUGGUCAACGGAGGAGGCCGCUACCUCCUCUCCCCUCCCACCAGCCCGGGGGCCAUGUCAGUGGGCUCCAGCUAUGAGAACACCUCCCCGCCCUUCUCCCCCCUGUCCUCUCCCUCGGCGGCCAGCAGCGCAGGCAGCUACACCAGCCCUUCUCCCAGCGGCUGCCUAGACCCCCAGGACCUAUCCCUGCCACCCGUGCCAGUCCGCUCAUCCAGCUACAACUACACAACUACACCACCCAUCCCCCAGCCAAGGACCAUCAUGACAAACUACAGCCCCGGCGGUGGGGUGCAGAGGGUCCCUGAGAGCCCCAGGCUCCAGAGGAAAUGUCUCCUGGAGGCCCCCCAGAGCCCCAAGAUGGCCCGCAGAGGCCAGAGCCUAGACAGCCCAGGGGUGAUGGGUUCCGAGAGCCCCAGACUGACCCACCUAUCUGUUGCAUCAGCCGAUGCCGGGUACAUGGGCAUGGGCAGGAACGCAGUGCCAAGUAGCCCCAGACUCACCUCCAAUUUCCCCUACGCCGCCACGUCCUCCUCCCCAUCCAGCCCCAGGACGAAAGCGGGCACCAUCCUCCAGGAGCGUCCGGCUAGCCCCUUCAGAGAGCCGGCGGACCGCUCCCUCACCUCCAGCUCUUCCAGACAGCUGCUAUCCCAGCCCAGCAGGGCUUUCCAGCCUCCCCUGGACCCCAUCGUCCACAUAAUCCAGGGGGGCUCUCCACUCCAGCAGCACCACCCCUUCCCCCACCCUCUCACGCUGCAGCCCCCAGAGAGCCCUCGGCUGUCCCGCAGGAACCUCGACCUCAGCGGCGGUGGGGGCAGCAGCAUGAGGGAGCUCCCCCCUCUCAGCCCCUCCAUGGCUCGCAGAGGGGUGCCUGUUCUCCCGGGUGCUCUCCCUGGAAGUAUCCCCAUGUUGAGAACGCCUGAGAGCCCAUCAUCAUUGGGGAAGCUGGGAGUCCCGGAGAGCCCCAGGCUCCUACGCAAGGCCUUCUCCCCCCCGGAGGACCAGUUUGGCGGCAGUGUGGUCCGAGCCCGCAGCCCCUCCCCUACCUUGGGGCUGAUGAUGAUGGAGAGCGGGGGAGGGGGAAGGAAGGCCAGCUUUGGGAACGCCCUCUCCCCUGCUUACAGCCUGGGCUCCCUACCUGGCUCUUCGCCUCUUUCCAGCCCCAGGGGCCAGAGGAAGAUGUCCGGGGGCCCCCGGGAUCAGAGGGGCCCCCACCCGGGCAUGCGGGAACGGAAAAACAGCAUCUCUGAGAUCAGCGACAACGAGGACGAGCUGUUGGAGUACCACCGGCGCCAGAGAGAGGAGAGGCUCAGGGAGCAGGAGAUGGAGAGACUGGAGAGGCAGAGGCUAGAGACCAUCCUGAACCUGUGCGCCGAGUACAACAAGGGCGACGGGCCCUUUGGGGGCGAGGCAGAGGGGAGGAUGGGCUUCCCUGGGGGCCUGGGACCGGGGGAGGGGGCGGCCAGGAGACCCUCUAUGGACAGCUUGGCAGGGUCCAGCUCACUGCAUCGUAGCAUGGCCCAUAGACAGCAGAGGGAGAGCGACGAGGAGAACCUCAAGGAGGAGUGCAGCAGUACAGAGAGCACCCAUCAGGAGGUGAGGACGCCACGUCCACCACAGGCUCUCCACAAUGGAGACCGAUACCAGCACGAGGAGCAGCCUGUUUCUGGCGGCCCGGGGCGGACAGAGCUGGGUUACCUGGAGGACGAGAGGGUCAGAGUGCUGGCACGAGUCGACGAGCUCAAAUCACGAAUCACAGAGCUGGAGCAGCAGCUACAGGAGUCCAAGCAGGAGGCAGAGAUGGAGCGGGCCCUGCUGCAGGGGGAGAGGCAGGCGGAACUGGACCAGGUAGAGGCAGAGACGGAGAUCAUCGGACAGCUGCAACACAAGCUCAACGAGCUGGAGAACGCCAUCCAGAGGGAGAAAGACAAGGAGAGGGCAAAUGUUGACGCAGAGCGCCGAGACCUGGAGAGCCUCCAGGAGGGCUACAGUGAGCUGAAGAACCAGCUUCAUAACUGUCCCGAGUCACUGAGGGAGCAGUUAAAGGAACAGCUCAAAAGGGAGGGCGAGACCCUGGAGUCAGAGACAAAACAGUUUGAGGACCUGGAGUUCCAGCAGCUGGAGAGGGAGAGCAGCCUGGAGGAGGAGAGGGAGACCAUCAGCCAGCAGCUGCUGCAGGAGAGGGCCGAGUACCACACCAGCGUGGCCAAGAGGAAGGACAAGGUGGCAGCUCUGGAAGGCCAGGCCAGUCAGCUGGGACAGCAGGCGUCUCAGGAGUGUGACAGGUUGGCUAAGGACAGGAACCUUACCCUGCAGAUUCUCCAUAAGGAGAAAGAGAGGCUAUCGGCCCUAGAGAAGAGGUACCUCAGCCUUACUGGAGGAAGGUCUUUCCCUAAGUGUUCCAGCACCAUGAAAGAGGAGUACAUGAAGCUCUCGGAUGUCUAUAAGAUGUUUGGGAGUGAUUGCCAUGACACCCAACUCAUCACCUCUGCUCAGCACGGCCUCUCGCUCACCUUAGACGCAGCUGUCCCCUGCGAGGAGUACGUGACUGUGGACCAGUUAACUCAGUUCUUUGGGAUGCCGAAGGUCGAGUCCUCCCCUACCUCUCCUCUCCGGCCCCUCCAGUCAGGAGCUGGAGACCCCGCCUUUUCCUGGCUCUCCUUUCGUCACGGCUCCUCCCUCUCUCUCUCUGUUGAGUAUCAGCCUGAGUGCAGUAGGCCUCAAAUCCCCACUCUCGAUUUAGAGCAGUGGUACCAGGAGGUGAUGGCUGCUGGGGAGAGCAGCCAGCUCUGCCUCCCUCCCCCUCUCCCAGCUAAACCUCUCUCCGCUCGCAGGCCUAUGCAGGUGUUCCGCUCCAAGCUGGACAGUGAUGCUGGACAGACGGUACAUCAACCCAAAGCAGGCUCCGGAUCCCAUCUGCAGUACGUAGCCACUACACUGGGACGCAACACAACCUCCAAGAGCCCACUGAUGGUUCCCAACAGUACAGGCAGUUUGCCACGGAACUUGGCUGCCACCAUGCAGGAAAUAGAGACCAAGAGAGCGCUAGCCUUACAGCAGAAAGGCCACCAGGUGAUCGAGGAGCAGCGGCGUCGAUUGGCUGAGCUGAAGCAGCGGGCUGCAGUGGAGGCCCAGUGCCAGUGGGAUGCGCUCCACGGCUCUCAGACCCACCUCUACGCCCCCUCACACGCCCACGGCCCUCCCAUGGUGCACCACUCCAUCCUGCACCACCAGCCGCCGUCGGCGGGCGAGCAGCCGUACGACACACUGAGCCUGGAGAGCUCUGACAGCAUGGACACCAGUGUCUCCACAGGCAACAACUCGGCCUGCUCCCCCGACAACAUGUCCAGUGCCAGUGGGAUGGAUGCGCUGAAGAUCGAGGAGAUGGAGAAGAUGCUGAAGGAAGCCCACCUAGAGAAGGCCAGGCUCAUAGAAUCCAGAGAGCGAGAGAGCCAUGCCCGUAGGCAGAUGCUGGAGGAGGAGAGGAGGCGGCGCGAGGAGGCUGAGAAGAGGCUGCAGGACGAGACGGUGCACAGGCAGCAGCUGGUGGACAAGGAGGUGAAGAUGAGGAGCAAGAACUUCUCCCAGGCCCGUCCUAUGACUCGUUACCUGCCCAUACGCAAGGAGGAGUUUGACCUGCGCUCCCACAUCGAGUCAUCCGGCCACAACGUGGAGACCUCUCACCACGUGAUCCUCACAGACAAGAUGUGUAAGGGUUACCUGGUCAAGAUGGGCGGCAAGAUCAAGUCGUGGAAGAAACGCUGGUUUGUCUUCGACCGCCUCAAAAGGACCUUCUCCUAUUACGUUGACAAGCACGAGACCAAACUAAAAGGAGUCAUCUACUUCCAGGCCAUUGAAGAGGUCUACUACGAUCACCUGCGUAGCGCCACCAAGAAAGGAUUUUUCAACCUCAAUUUGACCAAUAGCCCCAAUCCCUCGUUGACCUUCUGUGUGAAGACUCACGACAGACUCUACUACAUGGUGGCCUCUGCCCCGGAGGCCAUGAGGAUAUGGAUGGAUGUUAUAGUAACCGGAGCCGAGGGCUACACGCAGUUCAUGAACUAAUAGGGGGGACUUGUGUACGGAGGCCUAGCAGUGACACACUUCAAUAGACUCAGGCCUUAUCCUCUCCCCAGUAUUGGGAAAUUGCCUUUUUAUUUUGUUACGUUCAUUGUAUCUAUUUUUAAAUCACUUUACAAUAGACAUUUUUCUCCACUGAUUUUUCUACCUGCUCCUGCCCACGGAUUGAAAAAGGGAGUCCUGGAAAAGACACUGUAUAUAACCAAAAUGACAACUGUCAGACUUUCUGCUCAAAAGCCUUCCUAUUUUGCCAAAUUGAGAUAUUGUUUGUUACAGGUUCUUGCUUGUGAGACUUUUUUUUUUACACUAUGGAAUAUUGCUAAAUUACAUUAUACCAAUGGUUUCAGAUGGUUGUUUUAUACAAAAGGCAUUUCCCGACUACCUAUUUAGCUCAAACUUAAGUGAAGACAACUCAAUUUGUUCCAUCGGACUUUAGCUUACUGCUGAACUAGAUUCCACUAAUGUUGACUUGACCCCUUGCACAUGUCAUUAUAAUAAUGCUAAUCAUUCUGUGCCUUGUCAUAGUCUAAUGUCACUGAACAGUAACCUCAAAUGCACUUCUGUAGAUCUGAUUGGGUAGGUUGAAUUAUUGCUUACACUUUCCAAUUCUUUCAGAUCAAGAAUGUCAUGAUCUGGUAGCUUGACAUGCUACAUAAACACCAUCUGAAUAUCUUUAGGUUUGUUAAGCCUUGUGAAAUUCAGGUACUAUAAACAUCAGAACAUAUCUUAAUAUAUUUUUCCCACACCGAAAUGGGUGUAGCCAGAGGUACGUGUUAGAAAAAGGUUUACUGUAAAAUGUCACUCAAUCAACCAGUAUUGUACAAGAAGUCUAAUGGUCAGAAUACACUUCAGUUAACAGUAUACCACACUCUGCUCCCUCACUGUAGAACCUUGCUCCCAUCUGACACACCAUAUGUACACUUUCAUGUAUGGAUUCUCAAUACAGAUCUAUUAAAACAGAAAUGUUACAGAG